AUGGGUGAAAGUUAUGACAUUGCUGAACGAAAUGAAAAACAUUCAUUGAAAGUCAAAUUGUUGUUUUGUGCAUCAGUUACUCUAUUGAUUGUAUGGUUGAUUAACAUUAUACCAAAUCUGCUUCAAUGGAAUAAUAAACAGGAGAAAUAUGACAUAUUACCUCAAACAUUCAAAUCAAUACAUCAAAAUACAUCUAUUUCACACCGUUCAGAAUUGGAUCUUGCUCAGACAUUACAUGUCAUAUACUCUCCUAUCAGUCAAACAUCCGUUCAAAAAUACUCAUUGAGAUUUAGUCUGGAAGAAAAUAGACUGCAGGAAUUAUACAAUUCAUUAAGUGGGAAUAAGAAAGUGAAGACGUUUCUCAAAUAUGGAGGUCGUUCGAUCUUCACACCAAUGAACUUUUCACAAUGUCAUGCCUCAAAAUGUACAGUAGUCACUGACGAGAACAGAUGGCAAGAAGCUGAUGCUCUCAUACUCACAGAAGAUAAAGUGCCAGAUGGCAUUCGGCCGCCAGGGCAGUUGUGGUUCACUUUAAUACAAGAAUCUUCAGUACACAUCGCGAUGGCGAAUUCUUUAGAAAAUGAAGUGAAUUUCACCAUAUCGUUUCGCUUGGAUUCAACAAUUUAUUCACCGUAUGGUUCCUAUGAACCACAUAUAAAACAACAUGGACCAGAAACACGAUAUCCUCUGCCUUCCAAGAACUUCGCCAAAAAUAAAACAAAGAAAGUUGCAUGGUUGGUGAGUAACUGUGUGCCUAAAAGUCCUAGAAUGGCGUAUGCUCAAGAACUCUCACGAUAUAUCUCGGUAGAUAUUUAUGGCAACUGUGGCACAUUGACAUGUCCAAAGAAUUACUCAACUGACGGCUUGGCAGAGAGUUGCUUGAAAAUAAUCCGUGAAAAUUAUAAGUUUUAUUUGAGCUUUGAAAAUAGUUUGUGUACUGAAUAUAUAACUGAGAAGCUGUAUAGAAAUGCGCUGAAAAACGAAAUACUCCCAAUUGUAAUGGGUGCCUCCAUCGAAGAAUAUCAAAGAGUUGCUCCUCCAUACUCUUUCAUUCAUGUCGACCAGUUUGAAUCACCAGCUAAACUGGCAGACUAUUUGAAAUAUUUGGACAAAAACGAUACUGCAUACAAUGAGUACUUUGCAUGGCAUGGUCAUGGAGUAAUUCAUGAUUACGAUGCACAACCUCAAUGUGCAAUGUGUCUACUAGCUCAUACAGCUCCUGCAUUUGGUCCAUAUUGGGUUCCGAAGGUGACACAAUGGUGGAAUGAUGGAUGUAAUGGUCGGAGAUUGCGUUGGAAUCCAUGAAAUAACGAUAUUGACAAUAAAAAUAAACCUUCUUUAUGUAACCAU